AUGUCAUCAAUCCUCCCAUUUCCCGAUGGCCUUGCAGCCCAAUUCGAACCCUACCUCCCCUCUUCAAAGGCCAAUGGCCUCCCCAGCCUGACCCUCACCUUCGCCACCUCUCUCGAUUCUGCCCUCUCCCUCGGACCGGGCAUCCAAACCCAACUUUCUGGGCCUCUUACAAAGGCUAUGACACACCAUAUUCGUACCUUCCACUCUGCAAUUUUAGUCGGUGCUUCCACGGCUAUAUCUGAUGACCCCGGUCUCAAUAGCCGGAUCCAAGGCGCGAAACGUCAACCAAUUCCAAUCGUUCUAGACCCAAACGCCCGGUGGAAUAUAACCGAAUCUAGCAGAGUUGUGCAGACUGCAAAGCAAGGGAAAGGACGGGCACCAUUUAUCUUAGUUAAUUCGAAAAACAUAGAUGAUGAUGUUGUUGUAGAGAGGAGGAAUAUGCUGCAGAAUUAUGGGGGUGGGUAUAUCGGUAUUACUGUGGAUGAUUCGGGGCGGUUCAAGUGGGAAACUAUACUAUCAAUCCUGAAGCAAGAAUUGGGAAUUGAAAGUUUGAUGGUUGAAGGUGGCGGGAAUGUGAUUAAUUCACUACUGGAGGACGAAGAGAACAAAAAAUUGGUGGAUAAUGUAAUCGUUACGAUUGCCCCGACAUGGCUAGGGAAAGGAGGUGUCGUCGUAUCGCCGGAGAGAAAGCCUAACGCUAAGGGAGAGUAUACGCAGCCAAGGUUAACGAACGUGAAAUGGAUACCUAUGGAUGAAGAUGUAGUGCUCUGUGGGAAGUUAAAUGCUUCAGGCACGCCGCAUAAUAACCCUUAG